AUGCCCUCUCUCUUCAAAGUCACCGUCACCGUGGCCGGCUUUCUUUCGGCCGCAUCGGCUGCUGCACUCCAACGGCAAGACUGCACUUGGAGUGUCGUCGCCUCCGCAACCGACACAUGUGCCACCAUUGCCGCUGCCUGGGACCUGAACGUAGAACAGUUUGCCGUCUACAACCCCAUCACCGGCUGGAACUGCUCCGACGGCGUCAUUGCCGGCGAGACGUACUGCGUGGAGCAAAACUACGGCCUCAGUGCUCUUCCUACGAGUCCGUCCAUCACACCGCCCCUACCCUCGCCGACAUCGGGCGACCCAAGCAGUGGUGGAACAGGAACUGGAACCGGAACCGAAACUGUUUCUGCGCCGACAACACCCACUGCGCCCAACGGCUCGCCCAUCCCGUCGCCCGUCCAAGAUGGCAUCACACCAGAUUUGGCCAAAGGUGACACAUGCGCCAAGGUGGUCUCCAAGUUUGGCACCUUUUCGCUGUCCGACUUUUAUGCCUGGAACCCGGCCGUCGGCACCGACUGCUCGGGUCUGUGGAUCGACACGUACGUCUGCGUCGGCACCACCGCCACCUCCACCACGAAGCCCACCACCUCCAAACCGACAUCGUCGUCGCCCACCGGCUCGCCCCUGCCGUCGCCCACGCAGGACGGCCUGACCGACAAGUGCACGCGCUUCUACAAGGUCGUCAAGGGCGACACGUGCGCCAAAAUCGUGGCCAAGUACGGCACCUUCUCGCUCGACGACUUUUACGGCUGGAACCCGGCCAUCGGCACCGACUGCUCCGGUCUCUGGCUCGACACGUAUGUCUGUGUGGGCGUCCCCGGCACGCCCACCGCCAAGCCGACGCCCACACCGACCAAGGGGCCAUCCCCCGUACAGGACGGCAUCGACCCGUCGUGCAACAGCUUCUACAAGGUCGUCAAGGGCGACACAUGCCAAAAAAUUGUCGCCAACAACAAGAACAAGCUUACUCUGGCGGAAUUCUACAAGUGGAAUCCGGCCGUUGGGGAUGACUGUUCUUCGUUGCUCCUGGACUAUUAUGUUUGUGUUGGUGAUGGCAAGAAGCGUCGGUUUGUGAAGGUACAGUAG